AUGGAGGUGCGGUGGACGAUUUGGUUGCUAUUCGUUUCUCACGUCUGCGCGUGGUACAUACCCGGUUACUCGGUCAAGCGCUAUAAUGACGACGAGCCUAUCCCUCUCCUUGUGAACAAGAUCUUUUCGGAUAACACACAGCUUCAGUAUGCCUAUUUCGAUCUUCCUUUCGUCUGUCCGCCCAGUGGAAAGAGUCAUGGAGGCUCCCCCUUUGGCUCGGGCCACAGUGUCUCGCUCAACCUGGGAGAGAUCCUUCGUGGUGAUCGCAUCAUGACCUCGGACUUCGAGCUUCAUAUGGGCAAGAACGUUGAAUGCCAGGCGCUCUGCACAGUAGAGGUUGGGCGGAAGGAUGUUAAAUGGGGCCGUAAACUCAUCAAGCAAGGAUAUGUUGCGGAGUGGAUCGCAGAUAACCUACCUGGAGCCACACGUUUUGUCACCGUCGACCGAAGCCGCAAAUACUACGCGACAGGAUUCAAGAUCGGUGAUCUGGACUUUUCGCCUGCCAGUGGCAAGCCACGGUACUUCAUCAACAAUCACUUCAACAUUGUAAUCCGCUGGCGGGGCGCACCGGAGGGAGGCAAGGUCGUUGUUGGCUUCGAGAUCUAUCCGAAGAGCAUCAGGUCCGACGAUUACCAGGAAAAUGGAUGUCCGAAACACGUGCAUGACGAACAUGAGGGUCUGGAAUUGUACAUCCCACCCAAUCUGUCGAGGCUGAAGGAAUUGUACCCUGGAUCGUCAUAUCUCCCGGAGGACGAUGACGAGGCCGAUGACGGUGCCACCUUGAAGGUUCCAUACAGCUACUCGAUCUACUUCAAGGAGGAGCCUGGGGUGGAAUGGUCGAAUCGGUGGGAUCUCUACUUCAACAACCAAGAUGAGGGCUCGCUGACACAUUGGCUGGCGGUGCUGAAUUCGCUGACUAUUUCGGGUGUUCUUGGUGUGGCAGUCUUCGUGAUCUGGAGUCGGACGGUGCAAGGCGACAUCAAAGGUCGCGGAGAUGGAGCCAUGGAGGACUCUCAACACAGAAGUCGCUCCAAGUCCGAGAAGAAAGGAGAAGGUCUCUUGGACCAAGGCGCAGAUGUUGAGCGAGAUGGGGACGUCUCUGAUGACGAGGCGCUUGAGGAUGUGAGCGGAUGGAAACUCCUCCACGCCGACGUGUUCCGGGUGCCGGAAUAUAGUGGUCUGCUUGCGCCUCUGGUGGGCUCGGGCAUGCAGUUGCUUUUCAUGGCCUCGGGUCUUUUGAUUCUCAGCUGCCUAGGCAUUUUGAACCCUAGUUUUCGAGGCGGGUUUGUCAGUGUUGGCAUGGGCUUGUUUGUUUUUGCCGGUCUAUUUUCUGGGUACUUUUCUGGGAGACUAUACAAGACAUUCAAGGGUGUCCAGUGGCGGAAGAAUACGCUGAUUACUGCUCUAUUCUUUCCUGGGUUGGUAUUUUGCCUCAUUUUCAUCCUGAACCUCUUCGUCUGGGCACAAGCAUCGAGCACAGCGAUUCCUUUCGGAACGCUGGUCGGUCUCCUCGCACUGUGGCUUUUGAUCCAGGUUCCUCUGGUAUAUCUCGGUAGCUGGUACGGCUUUGUACGAGCACAGCCGUGGGAGCACCCGACCAAGACGAGUUCGAUUGCCCGCCAAAUCCCGCCGCAGCCUUGGUACCUGCAUAGCAUUCAAGGAACGAUUCUCACGGGACUGCCGCCAUUUGCCGUGGUGUUCAUCGAGCUACUUUUCGUGUUCAAGAACCUGUGGCAGGACAAGAGCGGGUACUAUUAUGUGUUUGGCUUUCUGAGCGCCGUGUCGACGAUUGUCAUGAUCACGGUGAGCGAAGUAACGAUCAUUGCGACCCACAGCCAGCUCUGCGCAGAGAAUUAUCACUGGUGGUGGCAGAGUUUCCUGACCGGUGGCAGCAGUGCAUUCUGGGUGUUUGCCUACUGCAUCUGGUACUAUCUCUUCCACCUUCACAUCACAGGCUUUGUGUCGAGUCUGCUCUUUUUCAGCUACAGCUUUUUAGCGUGCGCGGUGUACGGGCUGUUGACGGGAACCGUUGGGUUCUUGACAGCGUAUGCCUUUAUCAGGCGCAUUUACAGUUCGGUCAAAAUUGACUGA